UUUGCUUCGUGAUCGUCCCAAAACAAUGGAGUUUCGCGACUAGUCCGCUAACACUUCUCUUCACCACCUUUUACUGAAUGAUGUUGUGGUGUUUGUUGCGCGAAUCGUAAAUUGCACGAUGGUCGCGCGUUUCGCCGCCGGCCAGUCGCGUCUCAGCUCCUCGUCCACUUGAGCAGUAGGGGAACGAAAUUAGAGACGUCGUAAAAACCAAUUCCUACAGAGGUAGGAGGGACAGACAGAGAGGGAAGGUGAAGCCAGAGAGCGGGGAUGAACUCGCUCCUGCGGCGGUUGGACGGAAGCUUUCUGCCUGAGCUCACUCAGAACCGCAUAACUUGACAGAGUCUCCGAGACGUUGAGUCAACAAUGGCCAUUUUUUAGGCGCCUAAAAAAUCUGCUUCCUGUCUGAGAUCACUCAGGACCGCAUUAUUUCACGGACGUCUCAACUCACGACGCUCAUUCUGAGUCCAAGACGCUCAUUCUGACUCCCUUGGAGCGCGACCACGACAAUGAAAGUCCUGCAGCCGUGUGCAGGCCUCUUGACCAACCACGAGGUGUUUCAACUACUGACGGACAGAGGAGCCAUGGGAGCAGUGGACGUGUCGCAGGGCGGCAUGGGGCCGGCAGCCAUAGAGUGCCAGGUGUACCGCUACCUCUGCGCCGCCCCUGCCGCCACGCAGACACGAGCAGCGGUGGCGGCAUGCACGGAGCGGGCGGCGUCGUUUGGUCUGACGCGGGCGGAAACGCUGCAGCUGGUGAACCUGCGGCCGUCCCAACCUGUAGAAGCACACCUGAUCAUAUCAGACUGCGAGAUGCGGCUGCCAGGUGACAGGGUGGAGCAGCUACUACAAGCGGUUGAAGAAACGCUGCCAGCAGCACCAGAAGUAGAAGGAACAGAGGAAGAAGCAGCGGCUGUUGAGGGGGGUUGAGUUUUGGCAAAUGUUUUUAUGUGGAGCGUAAAGGCUGCGGCUGUUGAAAGGCACUCCGUGAUGUGCUGGCAGAGAUAAGGACAGGGGAGAAACAUUGCCAGCAGCAACGGAGAGAUGGUUGCAGGGGAGGGCGAGGAAGCACAAAGGCACUAAGGCUAGUGACACUAGAGCAGGGUCCUUGCUAGGAUUUCAGCCCGUCUGAAAGUCAGACCAGGUUUUUUCGCUUCGUCUGACCAUCAGAUGGAAAUUUUGCAGAAGUCUGAACUUUCAGACGACGUAGAACGAGAAGUCUGAACUUUCAGACGGGAAAUUACGGUACAUUGCACACAAUUCUGUCUUGGAAUCUCCACGCAGCUCUGA